AAGACGAGUCACGCCUCCGUACCACGCGAGAAGCUCGAGCAAGGAAGCAACCCACCACGGUCCCUGGAGUUGGAGAUAUUUGCAGGGGCCGACGUUGACACGAGCUAAACCCAUGGCGGAAACGCUCAGACCUCGUCUCAUCACGCACCUCUCACACGCCACUUCUCUCUUCCAUUUAUACUCUCCUCCUCCCCAAUAAUCUCUCCCUCAAAAUCACUCACUCUCAUAGCCGGAGCUCCAAUCCGAUGGCGGCGGUGCUGCGGGCCCCUUCUCUGGCCGAAAGGCGAUUCGAAGCAGUGGGCUUCGGCGGGAGCUUGUCGCCGGCGAGGAUGAUCCGGCGGGGUCAAUUGAGAAGCAGGUCCGGUGGUUCGUCCCGCGGGAGAAUGGGGACUGUGAGGUGCUUCUCCUCUUCAUCGUCUUCUUCUUCUGCUGGUUCGAGCGGAGCCGUUUCCCCGAUGGAAUUCCUGGAGGAAGAGGACUUGGGGCAUGUGAUACGGUUCGAAAUGUCCGAUUUCAAGAUGCUCGAUCGGGUUAGCGCUGGCCUUGGCGGGCGGGGAGACGAAGUAGUAUUCGAAGCGGUGGUUGAUGAUGAGACGAGGUGAUCCUUUGUACAAUACGAGAGUUGUGCUGCGGCGGCUUACGAGUACACAAGCUCAAAGAAGGGGAAAGCGAGCAAUCGAGGUGUUGAAGAAGUUGGUUCGUCGGAGGCUCAUGUAUCAUUCGUAUUCAAUGCAAGUUCAUGGCUAUGUUUCCUCACAGACAAGCUCUGGCGAUGCCUCGUUUACUUUGGUCCAUGGGUACCAUGGAAGUUUCUCCUUGAGACAUUGGCUUAAUCAGUCAGAUUGGCUGCCAACUUUGGAAGCUACACUUGCAUUGGAUGAGGAAUCUGUCAGAAGGGUUGGAGAUGACACGGUUGGGGGGCCGACAGUCUCGAGGAAAUUACGAAUCAUCCGUGUCUUGAUGAGAGACCUUUUGAUUGGAGUAAACUACUUGCACAGUCAUGGACUUGCUCAUACAGAAUUGAGGCUGGAGAAUGUGCAUAUAAGCCCAGUGGAUAGACAUAUCAAAGUAAAUAUUAUUGGAUUCUGCUUGUCGACUAGAUUUGGUAGGCAUACUGGGUAAUGCUGCAGACUUCUAUGAGGAUGGUCAAAAUAAUACUACAUUGGACAACAACAUGGAUCGGCGACGGAUGAUGAUUGGCUUUGACAUGAGAUGCCUGGGAUUCAUGAUGGCAAAAAUGGUGUUACGAGAACUCAUGGAUCCACUGAUAUUUUCGAAGUUCAAAACCUUCCUCGUAAAGGGACAUGAUCCUUCCUGCUUGCGUGAAUUCAUGUUACAAACUCUUAAUAGGAGUAGUUCAUCUGGAAACGUCGGACUCCAAAUGCUCGACCGGAACUGGGGUGCAGGUUGGAACCUUCUGUCCUCGUUACUUGCAACUAAACCUUCCAAAAGAAUGAGCUGUCUGGAUGCUCUUAGGCAUCCAUUUCUGUGCGGACCCAGAUGGCGUAUUACUCCAUCCAUGGAUAUCAUUCGAUGGGGUCUCGGCUCAACUGCUGUGCGAAUUAUAGAGGAAUACAUUUAUAGUAGGCCUCAGCGAAACAGGAUUUCGUAUUUCAUUGAACUGAUGGAGAUGCUCAAUCCUAAUUCCAAGCCAAAGAACUGGUUCGAAUUGCUACCAGGAAAAUGGCGUCUAAUAUACUGCACAGGGAGGCAUGUGGGACUAACCCUUCGCCAGCCACCCGCGCGAGUGCUCAUAGGGAACGUCAGUCUAACAGUAUCCAAACUAUCAAAACAAAGCAGAGAUCUCUCAUUCACUUCUAGCGUUGACUUCACAGUCAUGACCGGUCAAGACUGGCCCCAUGAUAAGACCGGUGUGGACGGCCAGCUGCAAGUGAACUCUCCAUUCAAGCUAAUGUCAGGGAAACGGCUGUACCUCAAGGGAGAAAAGAACACAACCAGCGGGAGAUUCUCAUUCGGGGAAUCUACCGAUAUGGAUUCCCUGGCCCCCAAGUUACUAGCCGGGAGGUGGAGGAAGGCCAUGCCAUUUAAGGAGUUCCCAUCGAGCCUCCGUGUGGCGAAGCUUGCUUCGGGUGAGAAUGUCGACAUCACAAUGACGUUUGACGAUGGAGAGAAGGGUCGUGGAAAUGUGGUUCAGGCACGUGAUGCACUUCGGGAGGUCCGAAUCCAGUUGCCUCCAGAGAUGUUCGAUUUGUCGAGGAUUGUGUGUGGGACGUUUGUUGACGCUAGGCAUCUGGUGCUUCGUGGAGUGAAUGGGUCGGCUUUGUUGUUUGCUAGGUCUUGUUUGGAUCAGUAA